AUGGCGGGGCUGGAGCCGGCGCUGGGCUCCGUCUGCUGGUGGGGGCUGAGCCCGGCCCUGGACCUGAGCCGCCACCUGCCCCCUCCCCCGGUGCCGGCGGUGUCGCUGCUGCUGGGGGGGGCGGAGGGGCGGCACCUCCUGAGCACGGCGGCGUGGGGGGGGGGCGAGACCCUGCACGUUCGAGCCGAGAUGCUACUGGAGCUGCUGGGCUCGGUUCGGCUCCGCACCGGCACCGCCGCGAUCGUGGCCGAAUCCGCCGCCCGCCUCCGGCGCUGGGUGUGCGGGGGGGGCCGGGGGGGGCCGCGGGGGCCCCCCGACCUCAGCCUCAUGAAGGUGGGCAGAACGGGAACUGGGGAUGCUGGGAGGGAACUGGGGAUGCUGGGGGAUCUGGUACUGGGGGAACUGGGGAUGCUGAGGGAGCUGCUACUGGGGGGAUCCGGGGGUGCUGGGGGGUCUCCGUUUGCCCCCCAGUGCCGAGACCGGGACGCCGUCGGGGCGGUGCUGCGGCGCUGGGAGCGGCCCGAGCCGCCAUCGGAGCUUUGGGGGUGGGAGACGCGGCUGCGGCAGCGCCUCGGCCCGAGGCCACCACCAUCUCCCCCGAGGAGUUCAGGCUCUGGCGAGAGAGUGGCAUCGCCUUCGUCCCGCGGGGGGGGGGCCCCGGUCCCCAACCCCACCCUGCACAGCCCCAGGCACCCCCACCAUGAUGGGCAACCAGGCCCCGAGUUUGGCUACUGGGGGGACAUCGUGACCGGCCCCUUCCUCGCCUUUGGGUUCCCUCCCCCGGGGGAAAAGAGCCCCCAGAAGACGGCCACUGAGCUCUCCCUGGCCACCGUCACGGCGCUGCUGCAGGAGCUGCUGAGCGGGGACCCCCCCAAGGACCCCCCCGGGGACCAGAACCCCCCCAGGGACCCCCCCUUGGAGCAGGACCCCCCUUCUGAUGACCCCAGCCCCCUGGGCCCCCUGGCUCCGCUCCGGAUCCGGAUCCGAUAUUUACCCCUCAGCAGUGCCCACUGCCCCCCCCACCCCUCCCGCCUGGGGGGGCCCUGCGGGCUGCUGGUGCUGGGCUGGAGGUCUCUCCCAGCCCUGACCCCCGCCCUGGGUGAACUGGCGGCCCCCGGGGCCACCCUGCUGGUGGAGCUGCCCACGUUUGUGCCCACUUUGCGCCCCCCCCAACUCGACGCCUUCCGAGCCCGUGUGGAAGCCCAGGCCCGGGCCAGCGGCUUCGAGCCCUGGGGGGGCCCCGGGGAGCCCCCGGCCCAUGCUCGUUUCCGACGCCCUCCCCAGCCCUGA